CAAGAUAGGCAUAGAGCAAGCAAGAGCAGAUGGGUGUACCUCUUGGUCCUUACAUACUCUAAACUGUGGAUGCAUUUUCAUUGUGGAGCUGACAAACUAAUAAUUUUCUCCAAGGACUUUGAAGACACAAUCUAAACAACGACUUACUACAAUUCUUUAUACCUUUGGAAGUUUUAUUAGUUUUCUUUUUUCAGUCAUCUGCUGAUAUCAGGAUGCUUAGUCCUGUCACUUUCCAGCAGAUCAUUUCCACCCUGUUUGUGCUGAGCAGCAAUGCAGUGAUGGCAGAGAACGAGUGCUCGGCUGAGUGCUCCUGCAACCCUCUCCCCCAGCCAUGCCCGCCAGGUGUCAGCUGGGUGACGGACCACUGCGGCUGCUGUAAAGUUUGUGCCAGGCAGUUCAAUGAGGACUGCAGCGCCACCGACCGUUGCGAUCACAUCAAGGGGCUACGCUGCCAUCUGGGGGCUGGAGGAGACCCUGAGAGAGGAUUGUGUCGAGCUGAAGCCCAGGGGUUGCCGUGUGAGUUCGGCGGACGGAUGUACCAGCAUGGGGAGGACUUCCAGCCUAACUGCCAGCACCAGUGCGCCUGUAUGGACGGAGUAGUGGGCUGCAUGCCCCUCUGUCCUCACCAAGUGCCACUGCCUGAUUGGCGCUGCUCGCGGCCCCGGCUGGCCAGGCCCAAGGACGGCUGCUGUGGGGAAUGGGUGUGCGAUGACAACAACCACAUCAGCGAGGAGCCAGACAAGAUGACACACACCUCCCUGCCAGACAGCCAGCCCCUUCCCAACCACAUCAGUGCCCUGUUCAGAGAAAUGGUGUCUUUCCCCACGUCUGAGGUGUUGCUCAAAUCUAGCUGUUUCCCACAAACUACUGAGUGGAGCGAGUGUUCCACCACAUGUGGGAUGGGAAUUUCAAGUCGAAUAACCAAUAACAACUCAGAAUGUCGGCUAGUCAGAGAAACCAGACUAUGCCAGAUCCGGCAAUGUGAACUGCAGUUUCCUGUUGUGAGCAAGAAAGGAAAGAAGUGUCAGCGAACUGUCCGCCCUCAGGAACCGAUCAGAAUCACCUUCGCUGGAUGCUCGACAACACAGCGGUACCGCCCUCGCACCUGUGGGACCUGCACCGAUGACCGCUGCUGCACACCCUCCCUUUUCAGCACUGUGCGGCUCCGCUUCCACUGCCCCGAUGGAGAGGGCUUCUCCAGAGACAUCAUGUGGAUCCAGCGCUGCAGCUGCAGUACAAGCUGUCGUUUACACAGCGGGCCCUCCAGCCCUUCAGUCAGCCUCCACAACGACAUCCACACCUUCAGGCACUGAGGCUAACUCCUCAUGCCCAGCACUGACCUGGAACACUGGCCAGAGACUUUGACAAUACCCCAACAAGCCUUCUUGUCUGUCAGCUGGGGGUGCUGCUGCCACGCCCCUCCUAAACUAGGCAAUACACUCGCUUGCACUUUAAGCUUCUUGCCACAAUGACAUCAGUUUGUCCACACUAAAGGUGUGUUACUUCUCUUGUACCAGGGCAGCACUGAGGACAAUAGACUGCAGUAUGCUGCUGUGUUAGACUGUUGGCAGAGUGCUUUUACUGAAAUGUCUUUUAUUUAAUUGUAAUUUUAUGCGCUUCACAGAUGGUGAUAUUAUAGUUUUUCAUACAGAAGGAAGGUUUUUUUAGACCACAUUUAUUAGACCUGAUAGGAAUUCUGGACAUGCAUUCUGAAUAAUGAGGAAGAACUAGACGUGACUACAAGGGCUAUGUGUUCUUUAUUGCCUGUCCUGUGUGAUACAGUGUGUCCUACAGAUGUUGUUAUUGUGAUAUUGAUUAUCUGUGUGUGUGUGUGUGUGUGUGUGUGUAGGUAGGUUGGUAAAAGUGUAUUGAUACAACUUUCACAAGUGAGAGUACAGAAUAUAGAUUUAAGUAUAUAGUAUAUAUGGACUUCACUUUUAAUUGUGGAGUGGUAAAUUUUAGGAUGACCUCAUUUUUCGGGGUGUGAUUUUAUUUUUAUUGUGUGUGUGUGUGUGUGUGUGUGUCCCUCACAU